GAAAUUAAUUGAAUUCUCAUUUGAACAAGCUUUACUGAGAAGAAGUCGUAAAACCCACUUCUCCAUCAAAAUGAACAACAGCUCCAGCGCAUCAAUACCAAACGAAACAAAAGUCCUCCGAGACCACAACUCAGUUACCACAGAACUGAAAAUUGGCAUGACCGUAGCAUACGCGGUUAAUUUUGUCUUCGCAUUGCUUGGCAACUCCUUCGGGUUGUCUGUGGUACUCAAGAAAUCAUCGCCCCUUGGCAGAAUCAUGAGCCUAUUCAUCGCCAAUAUGGCCGCGGCAGAUCUCUUGUUAACGUGUACAGUGGUGCCGUAUCAGGUUGCUUAUUUUCACAGUGGAGGUACGUGGUUUGGAGGAGCAUUUGGUACCGUAACUUGUAAACUUUUCUCCUACGUUGUCACUGUUUCCAUAGCAGCUACGGUCCUAACAAUGUUGGUAAUCUCGAUUGAUAGAUUCCAUGUAAUAUUCUAUCCACUGAAAAGAAGGUUAUUUCGAAAACCAAAGAUCUUGUCGACCAUAAUUUGGUUUUUAUCAUUUCUAUUAAUGAUCCCAUGCCUUCUCUAUUCUGCUGUUGAAUUCGACACUGCACAAAGCGCAUACACGUGUUCCCAGCUUUCCUCAAAACUAGAUAAAGACGUUAUCAAGAUCUUCCAUGUUUGUCUUUUUAUCACCCUCUAUGCAUUACCUCUUUUCUUUAUGGUUUUGCUUCAUCUUUUGAUUUGCCGAAAGUUGUGGCUUCGCAAAAUCCCAGGAAAUGUAUCGUGUGAGAGUCAAACCGCCGUUGGCAGAUCUAAACGCAAGAUUGUGCGGUUGUUGGUUAUAAUUGUCGUAGUGUUUGCGUUUUGUUGGUUUCCAACGUACGUCAAUCACUACUUUUGGUUUAUCCGCCGUGAAUCCAAGCUACCAAUGGGGGUUCAGUUCUUUUUCUUGUGGUUAGCGCACGCAAACAGCGCCAUAAACCCAUGUCUUUACAUUAUGUUUAAUGAUCAUCUUCGUUCUAGACUGAUUUCUACUCUAAAAUCAUAUUUUUGACAGAAAUGUCCUUGUUUUAAACCAGCUUAUCGAUCAAUUGUUCGUCUGUCCCAAACGAAAAAGACAACCUUAGUAUAACUAAUAUGGAUGUAGUUUUGCUAAUCGAACCAUCCUGUAAUUAAGACGGAUAUUAUCCAGCCCAGCUGAGAAACAGCUCUUAACAGCGGCAAAAAGAAGCGUUUGCGUUUGUGACCACCCUACGGGAGGGGGAUAUCAAAAGGGCCAGUUAGUAUGGCUGAAAGGUGUUGUACUAUAGCUGACAUAAGCCAUUUUCUUAAGUAAAAUACUGUUCAGUCUUCCACGAAAUUAAGGAAAAUGAUGAAUUUUUUAGGAUUAUCAAUAACAUUUCGCGGUUUGUUGUGGGGACUUUUCAUUAUGCCUUACGAAGCUGGGUUAGUUUUAUGAUACUGAUGUACGUGCAUAUAUCAGCUGUCUUGUAAACAGUAACUGUCAGAAUAGCGA